AUGGAUUACUCCUCUGCAGAAGUGACGUGUGUUCUUAAAGUGAAUUCACAAUGUGAGACGUGUAAGAGGAAGGUGAUGGAAGUCUUGCAGAGCCUGCGUGGAGUUUACAACAUAACGAUGGAUGUUGAUCAAGGGACAGUGAAAGUUAUUGGGAGUAAUCCAAAUGUACUUCUGAGGGUGUUGGAAAGAUAUGGUAAACAUGCAGAGGUAAAAUGGAUUAGAUUUGAAGGUGAGGUCAGGGAAAGAGGUUAUAAUUAUUAUGGAGAAAAUGGAUUUGUUCCUUCUCCAUAUCAUGGGAUGUCAUGCAAUUAUCCAGUGUUGGGAGCUCGGUAUGAUUACCCACCAUAUGGAGGAGGGCUUGACCACUAUCCAUUGUAUGACACCUGCAGCCACAUCCUUCCACCACCGUUGCAAAUGUAUGGGCCAUCACUGUCGCCACCGACAAUUUAUCAUCCAGUAGCGCUGCCCUUUUUUCCUGUCCCAUUAGGACCCCAAUCAAAGCCCAGAGUGGAUAGCAAUUAUGAAAGUUGCAUGCAGAUGUGA